AAUAUUAUGUAACUUUUUUUGGAUUGUUUUGUUGUAAUAAAACAUUUAUUAUCAUCAAUAAAAAAUGUAAUAAAAUGGUAUAAUAAUGUCUAAUUAUCAUUACCAUGUUAACUUUUUGUAAGUAGUUAAUAGAGAGUUUACAAUAAUUAGUAGAUAGUUAGGCCUUUAAAAUAUGUCUAUUAAACUAAUAGCUACUUGUUCAAGCAAUAUGUUCGUUAUAAAUACAUAUUGAUAUGAUAUUGUUUGUGUUCAAGUGUACUUUUCUUGUUAGGGACAUUAAGAUUAUUUAAGAUUUCUUGUAUUAAGUGUUUAGACAGAAAUUCCUCAUUAUAUUUUUAUAUGGAUAACAAAAUUAAUUGCUGCUUUGUAAAUAAUUAUGGAGCUUGUUAUAAAAAAUCGUAAUCUCAUGAUAGAAAUCUGAUCGAAGAUAUUGACAGCAAUGACCGUAAGCUACUUGAAAAACAAACAAAUCUGAAACAAGAACAAAUUACUAAUAUACGCACACACCAUCAUGAUAUGUUAGUUGUAAGAUAUGAGGGUAAUCAAAGUUGCUGUAAUCCAUUUCUGAGUCACCAAAAGGUGUGUAGAGCACCUCUACGUGUGAUUACAAUGCAUACUGUGUUAGAAGCAGAAACCAUAGGUUUAAAUCUUAUACCUGGAAAAAAACUGUGUCCAACCUGUCGAAGUAAAGUUAUGACAUGUUUAUCAAAAAGUAUAAGUGAAAAUAAAAAUGAUGAAGAUUUUGAUAUUGUUAAUGAAAGAUCCAUUCAAAAUAAAAAAAGAAAGUGUAGAUGCACACUUUGCAUCUGCCGGAGUAUCUCCAAUUAAGGUCAAAGGGUUGCACAAGUCAGGUAAAAUCAGAGAAGGUAAACGAAAAUUGACAGCAUUAACAACCUCCAUUAAAAAAGGUAGUCAUUUCCCUUAAUAUAUCAGAAGAAACUUUUGAAGAACAGUCAAGUUUUAAUAAUGAGUAUAUGGAAAAAGCAAACUUGUUUGAUAACAUGAUGGUAUUGAUAACUAACAAAAUUGCAGAGUCUACAUCAACAUCAAAAAAAGUACAACUUGCGACACUUGCUCCAACAGACUGGUUAAUAAAAAAGGUAUCUGAAACAUUGCAUGUAACAAACUAUGUAGCUUGAACUGCAUGUAAGUUAACAUUAGAAAAAGGUAUUUUAACCAUGCCUAAUUCUAUAUUAGGAAAAGCUUUUCCUGAUGUAACAGUUCAAUUGGUCAAGACCUUUUACGAAGACGAUGAACAUAGUCGUAUAAUGCCUGGUAAAAAGGACUAUGUAAGCAUAAAGAGAAAUGUCCACAUGCAAAAACGUUUGCUCUUAUGUAGUUUAAAGGAAUUGUUUGUUGCCUUUAAAACCAAGAACCCAGAAUUAAAAAUAAGAUUUUCAAGAUUUUGCACUUUGCGACCUAAAUGGUGUAUUAUUGUUGGUGCCUCAGAAACACAUUCUGCAUGCGUCUGUGCUAUUCAUCAGAAUUUGAAACUGUUUUUACAUCCUCUUGGUGUGACAUACAAAGAAUUGUUAACUUAUAUUGUCUGUGAUAUAACUAAUAAAGACUGUAUGAUAAGGAAAUGUGAAAAAUGCCCAACAACUAUGAAUGCAUUGGUUGAAAAACUUUAUGAUAUACUUGGAGAAUUUGAAGAUGAUGAUAAGAUUGAAUUUGAUCAAUGGACAACAACAGAUAGGUCAAACUUGACACAUAAUAAAGAGCCAGUGUUUGAAUACAUUGAACUAGUAUGUAGAAAACUGGAAAAACUUGCACCACAUUCGUAUUUAGCAAAGAGUAAAGCAUUAUACCUGAGAUUAAGAAAGGAAGAUAUGAAUGAUGAAUGAGGUAACAGCAUUAUUUCUGGGUGAUUUUUCAGAAAACUAUAAACUUGUUGUUCAGGAUGAAGUGCAAUGCUUUCAUUGGACAAAUUUACAAUGUACACUUCAUCCAGUGAUUUUUUAUUUCAAAAAAACAGGCAUUCUCAAGCACAAAUCCUAUUAUAUUAUUUCGGAUGAUAUGAUCCAUGAUGUGAACAUGAUUUAUAAAAUUAUUGAGGUUGUUUGCAAUGAUAUAAAAACAAAUUUGCCUCAAAUGAAAAAUAUUGAAUACUUUUCAGAUGGGUGUGCAGGUCAAUAUAAGAAUUGCA